CGCUUGGUCUGCCCGGUAGAUUCCCUAGCCUUUGAGCAUUCCAUCCUCUUCAUUAUUUCCUCGGGCCAACUGCAUCUUCAUAACAUCCAACGUACUUCCAACGUACUUCCAUCAUACUUUUCCAUUGACCUACCCUUUACUUAAUCGCCAGCCUGUUGCCCGAGAAUUUCGGGUUAAUAGAAAAAAAGCAUCAUGGGUUCCGUGUACAUCCCUCCGAUCCGCCUCGCGAUCCUCGAAGCCGACAGCCCAGUUCCUGGAAUUAAAGCUAAAUACGGGUCGUACGGCGGGGUCUUCAAAUAUCUUUUUGAGAGGGCGUGUGCAUCAUUAGAGCCACCCCAACCCCUCUCUGCCAUACUCCAGCUCUCGUCUCACGACAUCGUAAAUCACCCCGACUCGUACCCGGACCCCGAGACGAUCGACGCCAUCCUCAUCAGCGGCUCUAAGUACUCCGCAUAUGACAAUGACGAUUGGAUCGUCCGCCUCACUCAGUAUACGAGGCGGUGUCUCGAAGGCGGCCGCGUCCGUGUUAUCGGCGUCUGCUUCGGCCACCAGAUAGUCGGCCGUGCCCUUGGGGUCGAAGUCGGCAAGAAUGUUCGCGGGUGGGAGAUAAGCGUCACCGACCACGAGCUCACAGAGGAGGGAAAAAAGCUGUUUGGCGUACAGAAGCUGGCUAUCCACCAAAUGCACCGUGAUCAGGUGUUCUCGUUACCCCCAGGCGCCAUCCAACUGGCCCGCACCGACGUGUGCGAUGUGCAGGCUAUGUAUAUCCCGAAGCGAUUUAUCACGGUGCAGGGCCAUCCCGAGUUCACCGACGAUAUGGUGCGCGAGAUCCUCGAGAUGCGCCGAUAUGGUGGCAUUCUGGGCCCGGAUAUCUUUGAGGACGGCAUGCGUCGUGUUAGUAAUAAACACGAUGGCGUCGCCGUUGCUAGGGCUUUCCUGCGUUUCCUCCGACAGUAAGCAAUAGUAGAGAAGGGCAAGGUAAAGUAUACGAGAGGAAAUGGAAAUUUAUAUAGGCAUCCUCGAACACCACCAUAAUAAGACGGGGCAGAAAUGAUCCGCAGGCCGCAGGUGU